AUGACUUGCACCAACCACACAGACAGGGCCUGUCACCCCUUACAGGUGGCAGAAACAGCACCACCAUCAGCAUCACAGAAGCACCCAGCAGCACAAGGACCUGCAGCAACCACAUUGGCAGGGCCUGCCAUCCCCUCUCAGGUGGCAGAAACAGCACCACCACCAUCAUCACAGAGGCACCGAGCAGCACAAGGACCUGCACCAACCACACUGGUAUGGCCUGUCAUCCCCCCACAGGGGGCAGAAACAGAACCACCACCAUCAUCACAGAGGCAACCAGCAGCACAAGGACCUGUAGCAACCACACUGGCAGGGUCUGUCGUCCCUCCACAGGGGGCAGAAACUGCACCACCACCAUCAUACAGGAGGCACACAGCAGCACAAGGACCUACAGCAAAAACACUGGCAGGGUCUGUCAUCCCCCCACAGGGGGCAGAAAAAGCACCACCACCAUCAUCACAGAGGCAUUCAGCAGCAGAAGGACCUGCACCAACCACACUGGGGACAGAAACAGCACCACCACUAUCAUCACAGAGGCACACAGCAGCACAAGGACCUGCAGCAACCACAUUGGCACAGCCUGUCAUCCCCUCACAGGUGGCAGAAAAAGCACCACCACCAUCACAAUGGCAUCCAGCAGCACAAGGACUUGCGCCAACCACACUGGGGUGGCCUGUCAUUCCCCCACAAGAGGCAGAAGCACCACCACCACCAUCAUCAUCACAGAGGCAACCAGCAGCACAAGGACCUGCAGCAACCACACUGGCAGGGUCUGUCAUCCCCCCACAGGGGGCAGAAACUGCACCACUACCAUCAUCACAGAGGCACACAGCAGCACAAGGCCCUACACCAACCACACUGGCAGUGUCUGUCAUCCCCCCACAGGGGCCAGAAAAAGCACCAACACCAUCAUCACAGAGGCAUUCAGCAGCAGAAGGACCUGCACCAACCACACUGGAGGCAGAAACAGCACCACCAUCAUCACAGAGGCACCCAGCAGCACAAGGACCUCCACUAACCACAUUGGCAGGGGCUGUCAUCCAGCCACUGGAGGUAGAAACACAAGGACCUGCACCAACCACACUAGCAGGGCCUGUCAUCCUCUCACAGGUGGCAGAAACAGCACCACCACCAUCACCACAGAGGCACCCAGCAGCACAAGGACCUGCAGCAACCACAUUGGCAGGGUCUGUCAUCCCAUCACAGAUGGCAGAAACAGCACCACCACCAUCAUCACAAUGGCACCCAGCAGCACAGCACCAACCACACUGGCAUGGCCUGUCAUCCCUCCACAGGGGGCAGAAACAGCACCACCACCAUCAUCACAGAGGCAACCAGCUGCACAAGGACCUGCAGCAAUCACACUGGCAAGGUCUGUCAUCCCCCACAGGGGGCAGAAAUGGCACCACCACCACCAUCACAGAGGCACACAGCAGCAGAAGGACCUACACCAACCACAUUUGCAGGAUCUGUCAUCCCCCACAUGGGGCAGAAAAAACACCACCACCAUCAACACAGAGGCAUUCAGCAGCAGAAGGACCUGUACCAACCACACUGGUAGGGCCUGUCAUUCCUCCACAGGAGGCAGAAACAACACUACUACCAUCAUCACAGAGGCACCCAGCAGCACAAGGAAUUGAAGAAGCUAAUAAACUUAAACUUCAGACUAAACUUCGAUUAUUAGUCAAUAUUGAUCUAACAGUAUUUAUACUGACAUAA